UACAAAUUCCACGGCGAGGACAGAACCUUUCCUGGUCACCUUCCAUGUUUACUGACAACAAGACAACUAAGCAUCGACUAAACCUGGAACAUUUUAAGCCACCUCAAACGAAGUGAGGAGGAAUAUCCAGUAAAUGAUUUGGCUUGAAGGCCAGAAUGGCGAACCAGUGAAGGACACGAGAGAACUUGUAAAAUUGCUCACUGUCUCAUUACAAAGUACAAUUUGCUAGCUCCGUGUGGAAUCGGGAUACAUUUCUAUGUUACGUGCUGGUGACUCAGUGAACUCGUUCAGAUCAUGAUACAUACUACUGGCAUAUCAAUGAAGAAAGGCAAUUGAAACGAACCACAAGUCCUCAAGGCAUGAAGCCACCACCAUGAACGAUGAGUCUGAAGAAACAAGACUGAAGAAACAAAUCGACUUGACCUCUGCUAACCAAGCAUCUGGGCCUUCAUCUAGGCCACCAUCUCCUUCGCAUGACAGAGAGAUCACCCCGACCCAUCCAUCGCAGGAUUUGCCCAGUAGUCUUCAGACCCCGCCAUGCCCAGAUCCCGAGAUUGGACCACCGCUUAAUCCACUGGAUGGGGGGUCACAAUCCAAGCCAAAGCCAGGAGGAGUGGGUCGAUUGUCUUUGUUUGACAAAUGCCAUGAGAAGCCCUCACCGGUGCCUGACCUCGCCACGUCAUCCCACCCCAAUGGCUUGCUGUCCCCCGAUUCCCCAAGUCCCCUGACUCGAGGUUUCGUCGUCCGAGACAUGAAGCAACACCAUGACAAAGCCAACGCGAUCUUCACCAGCACUGCCAGUGACUGUGAUACUACUGCCACAACCUUCGGGGGCGAUCUCUUGGCUCCGUCGCUCAAUCAGUCGCCAUCAAUUUCGUCUCGUUUGGCUCGAACGGCCUCGGCCAUUCCGCUGCGGUUCCAACGCCGGAGCCGCGACCACCGCAAUGACACCACCACGAGCUGGGAUCGCUCCAAGCAUUCGUUUCGACUCAAGUGUUUCCUUUAUCUGACAUGUCUGAGUGUCCCUGCCAAUGUGUACAUUUUCUAUUGCUUCAAACACCCGCCACUACCGGUGUGCUCAACCCCGACCGGUCGAUGGGAAAGUUUUGAGCAAAAUAAUGGGUCCCGCCGACCCGCCAACGGCUCUCUUGUUGUGCUCCCUCCUACCUCAAUCUCGUACUUGUCCUCGUCCCUAUCCCCACUCCCACUUCAUAUCAAUGGGUCCACCUCAUCAGAUUUGUGGAUGGCUCAAACCGAAGAAAGCUCGGUCUCGGAUCCGUUAUGUCGCACCCCCGAGACUUGGGAAGUGUUGUCUCUCUUUGAGACUUACGACAGCCAAAACCAAAGUGAGGAACUCGAGACAACUGCCGAGGCCUUUGGCGACCCCAAUGCCUCAUUCGUGUGUUACGACGACAUUGCCAGUGCCGACCGGAAACUCAGCAACUAUCGCUAUUGGAUUGAGGGCGUCAGUUUGGGCAUCAUUGGCGUUGUUGGAUUGAUUGGGAAGUGUGCUCGCAGCCUCACUCCAGACCGAAUAGCUGAACUUUCCGGGUGUCUGACCUUGGAUUUAUUGGUCAUUUACGCGAAGCCAAUAUCAACAUUUAGUUCUGAGAGCGAGGGGGGAGGUGGAGAAAGUUUUGGGUGCCAAGGCUCUCCUCCAACUCGAGUCAUUAUUGAAUAGUUGUUGGUUAGCCUGCCCGGGCCAUAUUCAGCCUUGGCCCAAGGAACUGGGAAAAACGCAAGCAAGAGAGAAAGUUAAUGAAUAAGGACCAUUUCCAGCGUCCAAUUCAAAGUUAAAAUGAAAACACACAUAGUUCAGCUUUGGCUUCAGAGGCCAGGAAUUGAUAGCCCCACUACCGAGGGAUGUUAUUUUUUAGCGAACAAAAGAAUGUUCAACUUUUAGGACCGGUUUGAGCACUUUCGUACUUCAAAGCCAGUACAUUUAUUUUCCUCCAGUACUGAUUCAAAAUAUCUUGAUCAGAGUAGAUUGUGUCACUUAGUGAAAAUAGCAAAGGCAAUCUGACCCUCAGCGCAUAAAAAUACUUAACAUAUUCAACCAGCAGCGUGAUGUGCAUUAGCGCCCGCCGUGCGAUUUUAUUCUUUCUAGGACAUGCAUUUGAUUCCACUUCAAGUGCGUUCAUUAAUGGCAUUGAAAAACGAUCGCCAAUCCACUGUGCCGGCAACAGAACUGUACUCGCAUGGUAUGGUACCGAUACUUGUCUGUUCGUCACAAACCUCAAGCAAAUUGGUAUUCUAGGGUACAAAAGAUUCAUUUAAAAACCCGCACAGACAUGCUCGGAAGAAAAAUGCCCUUGCGCAUUUCAUCAUUCGCCUUGACUGACUCAACUGCCAAGACCAUGGGUGUGAGAGCGUUCCUUUGGUCCUCCGUUCCCUCGUUCCUUCGUCCGGCUUCCGCCCAAAGGCAAUUUCUCACACAAUCAGUCAGUUAGUAGGGCAGUCAGUUAGCUCGUUUCCAGCCCAUAUUGCAUAGAUGUCACGGUGGUUUAGCAUAAUAAGCACGGAACUGCAACUCGUUGACUUUGUUCCCAUUGGUGUUUGCACCUAUUAUGCAAAUGUGGCCCAGGGAUCUUACCCCCAUGAAGGGAGGCAUCAAGGGCCAGUCAUAAAGGCGAAUAUGUCGUUUUAAGCCCAGACAUAUUCCUCCUUCCUUCGUCGGUCCUUCAGUGUCUAACAAGUCAGCCCUUUCUUUGUACCUUAUAAUGUUGUGGCGGAAUGUCUUGUGUGCGUGCGGCUUUGGUUUGGAAUGAACUUCACCGUUGAAUCCCACGCCAAAAGUUCUUUACUUUCGAAGGCAACAAUAUCGUUACAUCAGGUUAAUAACCAUCACAGAUGUUGCUUUUCUUAAAUCCCCUUGGUUUGUUCAAUGAGAUCCUCAGAUAGUUGUGGGAGAUCUCCUUGGUUUGCACUGUCAAGUAAAAGUUCCAAACUUUCCUUUUUUCCUCGUUCCAAGCUUGUCUAUUCUAUGAAGCGAAAUGAAAAGAAAAAGAGAGAAAUCAAGUUAGUUCAUUGGUAACCACGACAACUGUUCAAAUCAGAGGAGCAAGAAGAGGGCUUUGAGCUCUGAGUACCUCUGGUAAAGUUAGUAUUUUGUUCACUAAUACUUAUUGAGAACGAGCAAUCAAUCAUGGACAAGUAUGUACAUAGAUCAAGAGCGUAACCAUUCAAUCAAUUAUGUAUCAAGCUGAGCAGAAAUCGAAACAAGCAUCAGUUUUUUUUCUCUGAAUUUCAGCUUCUUUUGGAACGGUUCUCGAAUGCGAUCCUUCUCCCUUCAUUGGAAUUGGUUUGUUCGCUCCAUUUUGAGGGUUUCGCUUUUCAUUGGCGACGAGAAUUGAGAAUUUUGGGAAUGUAUCCCAUAAAGUGACUUCCGCAAUUAUGUUUUCCCUGGUCCCAUUCCUUCUACAUACGUACACUAGGAAGGGGCUGCCAAACUGUUUGUUGCCAAGGCUGCUUGAAUGGUGGCUUGGUUGGCCUUGUUGGCCUUUUGGAGAGAUCCUUGUCUGAGCCGGAAAACGCUUGAAGGUCUUCAGUCUGAAGGGGCUCAUUCCCCACAUUUUUCUUCAUCUUUUGAGGCAUCAUUUUGGGUAGGUGGAUUUUUCCGGGUCAAAACUUUCCUCUUCGCCUUGGCCAAGAUCAAGGCUCGAAUGUUUUUUUUACUACGCUCUGUAACAAAUAUUUGAUAGUAAUCUAUUCACUGACUCCUCCAUAAUUUGUCCCAAAUCCCACUUGGCAACUUUUUUAAUCCUUCACAUUCUUCUUGGUAAGGGGCUCUUUCCUUUCUUUUAUUUACUGAACCCCCACAUUGAUCACAUCCACAAAAUUUGUGGCCCAUUUUCCGAUCGAGGCCAAACCAUUCCAAAAAGCACAAGUUUUCGAGUUUGUCAAUUUUGAGCUUCGAAAAAUAGAUUGACAAACCUCAUCGGACUCUCUGUUCCAAUGACAAAAAUGCCCCUCGGGGUUGUUGACCCAGGAAUUUAAUCAAGUUGCUGAAUUUUAAACUUCCAUCGAUAUUAUUUUAGUAUUUUACAAGGUUCUAGAUGUUGAGGGGCUUUUUAAAAGCGCCUAUGUGAAUAGAAAUUCUGGAUAAAUCAAACAUUUUGUCAAUAACUCCAAACGUUUUAGCUGUUUUUUCGCUAAGAACUUGAGUAAGAAUGUCAUAGUUUGCCAUAACUACAUACGAAGAGGAUUUGGAAUUAUGGAAAUAAUGAAUAUUUUGGUUUUUUUAGCAAACAGAGAGGGAAUUCGUGACGGGUAAAUUUUGUCGAAGCUAUUUCAUUCGCUUCUUUUCAAAAUGGUUGAGAUUGGGUCAGUCGUUCUCUUCUUUUUACUUUUUUGAUAAACUCUUGAUUCAUCUUCUUGCUACUUUAUGAUUAAAGGUGAAACUUUGAAAUCCCGGCGAAGAAGAAACAUUUUAGUCAUAAAAUUGAAACAUGACAAAUACUCUGAAUACUUAAUGUCGGGCCUACAUGAAAUACCGUUAACUACGUUAAAGAACUUACAUGAGAGAUCGUGUAAAACUUAUUUGCAAGGAGAAUUCCCUAAAACCUUGAAAGCCGACUCCAAAUACAAAAGAGUGGUACGUAUCACGCAAGAGCUAAUAUGCUACUUAACAUCUGAACUACAAGAGUCAAAACUGCCCCACAUUUUCAUCCUACUCCAAUUAUGCCCGAUUGACUAAUCCCGCGAAAUGAGCCAUUGUUAUUUCAACAUUUUAACCUCGAUUAUCCCCUGAAUACUCUUUCCUCCCUCUCAAUUGAUUAAUCGGCUUCCUUGGAAGCCCCCGAAGGCUUAGACAGUUACUUUCGGUGUACCACCCACCUACACAUACGUAUGUCCGUAUGUCUGUAAGUGCAUUCAACAACGAGCGAGAAGUCUGCCUCGCCAAAAUCGGCCUUUUGCGGGGGAAAUCAUGCAGGUCCAGUUUCCUUUCGUCCCCCGUUUAGAAUCGGGUUCCCAAGCUCUUUUCUUGGAUUGAAUGCGUGCUACCAACUCGCACUUUUCUCCCACGGUCGACAGGAAUAUCCAACCGGAGAGUUUUCAAGUCUAUGAUCAUGAGAAGCGAGACCGUUGCUUGUAAAAUUAAAUUACUCCCUCCCAUUGGCCUAAGUCCACAAGUCCAAGUCGUACUAGCUAAGGCUCUCAACAAAAGACCCGCCUCGAAUGGCUUUGUGGUGCAAAAUGAGACAACAACAACAACAACAACAACAAGAAUUUGGACCUGGUUUUUCAUCCUCUCAAAUCCUGGAUCACCAGACCCAUGAAAUUUAAAAACUCUACCAGACAAAACAAAGGCCACAAACUUGCUUUAUACGCAUAAGAUGUCUAAUGUAUGUACAUUACGAGUACACACUAUUAUGUAGACACCUCAGCUUUCUUGGCAGACUUGGUUUUCAAUUUAUAUUCAUGAUGCUUGAUGCAAGCAUUGUAUUUCGAGGAGCCUCAGGUUUCCUCAAGAUUGAUAGUUUCCCUCAUAAUGGGAUAGGAAGUAUAAGAAAUCGUUUUCGGUACCAUCCAGGAAUCCACAGGAAAUGCACGCGUAUAGUAUGUCAUGAAGUGAGUGCGAGCACACAUUCAACUGCGAAUUUGAUUGAAAAAAAACACCCACCCACCCAUUUACCUCCACCAUCCAUCACAUACCCACAGGCAACUUGAUCUCACUCGUGGUGUUGACCACCAUCGACAAGCGGAACUCGUUCAAUGUGUUGUUGGUGGUUCUGGCCAUCACGGACAGCGUUCUCAUCAUGUUCUAUUUGGUGGACACGUGCUACAUCGACGGGAUUCUCCAGCCCAAAUUGCCGUACCCCUCGUGGUACGUGAGUCUGUUCCCGAAAUUCCUGCAUCCCGUCAAGCAUAUCGCCAUGAGUGCGUGCAUUUACAUGAUCCUGGCCAUUGCAUUCAACCGAUACCAAGCCAUUUGUAAUCCAAUGCUG